AUGGGAGAUAGGUCUUUGACGGAAGCAGACUACGCACCGCUGUCCAAGCCAUUGGUACCGACAUCUGCGGAACACACACAAACGCAAGAUUAUUCCGGUCUCUUCGUAGAUGGCAGCGAUUCUCAAAGCAGGUCAGAAAUGCAGGCUCUUCCACAGGGACAGUUCGGCGACAAGGCAUUGACCAGCACCAACCGGUUUUUCCCUCUGGCAAGCGAUGACCCGGGUACGCAGCAUGAGAUGGGUCUUGAUCCCUCCAUGAGGCGUAGGAGAGACGAAUGGGCAGAGCGCGGAGCAGCGAAGAUUGUGAAGAACGUUGUCGAUCCAGCGACGGGAGAGUUGACCAAGCAUGUGGUCAAAAUGGGGAUAAAGGACUUCAAGUUCGGCGAGCAACUAGGGGAUGGGUCGUAUUCUAGUGUUGUUCUGGCUACCGCCCGCGACUCGGGCAAGAAGUAUGCAGUCAAAGUGUUGAGUAAAGAGUACCUAAUACGUCAAAAAAAAGUCAAGUACGUUACUGUGGAGAAACUGGCUUUGCAAAAGCUGAAUGGGACUAAGGGCAUAAUCAGACUUUUUUUUACUUUUCAGGACGAGGCAAGUUUGUAUUUCCUUCUAGAAUACGCUUCGCACGGUGAUUUCUUGGGCUUAAUCAAGAAGUAUGGGUCGCUAAACGAGAAAUGUGCGCGUUAUUAUGCGUCGCAGAUCAUCGAUGCCGUUGACUCCUUGCACGCUAUCGGCAUUAUACACAGGGAUAUCAAGCCCGAAAAUAUUCUGCUCGACAAAGAUAUGAAGGUAAAGUUGACAGAUUUCGGUACGGCCAAAAUUUUACCGGAGCAGCCCUCGAACAAUGCGGAUGGCAAGCCUUGUUUUGAUUUGUAUGCAAGAUCAAAGUCGUUUGUUGGCACCGCGGAGUAUGUGUCUCCUGAGCUAUUAAACGAUAGUUACACGGAUUCUCGUUGUGACAUUUGGGCCUUCGGUUGCAUUUUGUACCAAAUGGUGGCAGGAAAGCCGCCUUUCAAAGCAGCUAAUGAAUACCUGACGUUCCAAAAGGUGAUGAAAAUCCAGUAUGCCUUCACUGCAGGUUUCCCGCUAAUAGCUAAGGAUCUGGUUAAAAAGCUGUUAGUUAGGGAACCGAAUGAUAGAUUGACCGUUGAGCAGAUCAAGGCCCACGUCUUUUUCCAUGGCGUCCAUUUCGAAGAUGGUUCGGUAUGGGAUGAUGAUGCGCCCGAGAUACAGCCCUACAAGGUAAGUGCGGAGGCAAUGAAACCAUUACCAAAAAUUUCCGAGACGGAUGCCGCGACGAAACUUGCUAGCCUUCACCUGGCUAGCAACAAUCAUCCUGAGGCUCAAGAUUGUUCUGUGAUAAGCAUGAGUGCUGCAACAGCUGCCUUCAAUAAAGACUACACAGGUCAAACGAAAUCGGGGAACAAAGCCAAUGCAUCCGUUAGAUCUGUGUCCAACAACACAGAUCGCGAAAAAAUUCAAAAGAAAAUUUCCAAAGUCCAUGCUUCUCAGUCGUCCCCCUCGAUUCCCGCGACAUCGAGUGCAAAAGAGACGAGAGGUCACCCUUCUGACGUCUUUUGGUCACACUACCUGCAAACUUUGGAUGAACAUGUCUUGUUCAUGAAGGAGGUUGAGAUUUCGGCACGGGACGUAGGCAACCCACGUGUUGAUCUCGGGACCGUGGCCCCAGACUACAGGAAUCCUAGUGAUAUUGAUCCUCCUCCUGGCGACUCGGGUAGGUUCUAUAAAAGAAUGUUGGUGAUAACAAAUUUGGGCAGGGUGCUCAUUUUUGUCAAGAGAAGUCUUAGAAUGCAGGAAGAACAUGAAUUUGAGUUACAAUUUGAGCUGCAAUUGAAGCAAGUCAAGAAGAUAAACUUAAUAAAUGAUCAAAUGCUACAAAUUGACGAUUCAAGGACGAUUUUCAUAGGAUGUAAAGAGAGGCCUUUUUUAAUGAAGAUUUGGAAGUUAUUAAGUAGUGAAAUAAGUGCGAAUCCCCAUGUGCCAUCGCCCAAACUGGACCAUAAAAUGUUUGAUAGGUUCAUUUCUUCAAAAAAGCAAAAUUCCAAGAAAAAAUCUCAAGCGCCUCCCGUGCCUGAAUCCGGCAAGCUAGUUAACGGCCUUCCGGGCAGUUGUAUCUCGAAGGCUUCUGAAGAGGGAGGUCCCAACAUGAAGCGUCUCCCUUCGUUGCAGACCCGUUCGUCCUCCAAUUAUUCCAAGCUGCUGGCAAGAUCAACGGAAAUGCGGAAGAACGUAACGCGAACAAACGAAAAGUGA